AUGACACCUCAAGCUGUUUUUCCAAUUAAAGAAGCACCUUUGCUCCGCACCGCACGCAGGGCGCUUAUUGGUUUGCGGGUGGGCCGAGCUGCAGAGAUGGGUUCUGCAAAAAGCACAACACACCUGCAUAUAUCCUGCAAAGCCCAUUUUGUGCAGCAUGCCUGCCUGCAUGCAAUGCAAGCUCCGGAGGAUGGGACCUACUGUACCUCACCCUCCAUGGCCCGCCCUUUGGGGGAGGGGGAACGGGGGCGUGCGCGAUAUCAUUCAUCAUGGGCUCUGGGCGGACAGCUUUCCUUUCCAACCAGGGGCACGACGACGUACUACAGUAGCGAAGAAAAUUUCGGUCUUUGGGUGAAAAGGCUAUCAUCAACAUCAACAUCGGCUGCAGUUGUCAGUUGUCUUGCGAGGGCCGGCGCGCCCGACGCAGUGAACCAAGGGCCGGAUGCUCUCAAGCUCAAGGCAGAAAGGGCCACGGGUCCAUUGUCCGGAGGCGUCCUGCCCUUGCUUGGCGAGGGUGAGUCGGGCGAGUCGGGCGAGUUGGGUGAGUUGGGUGAGUUGGGCGGAGAGGCAACCUUGACAAGGCGUGGCGUUGUCAAGGACAAUGAGGGAGCGAACGCAACCAGCAACCACCGUCAGUCAAGCCGUCCCCCGUCAUCCGUCACCCAUCAUCCGUGGGCCGUCAUCUGUCGCCGCGUUCGCCCGCCUCCCGUCACCCGUCACCCGUCACCCGUCACCCGUCCAUCCGUCACGUCAACCCGUCCGUCACCUUUGCUGGGUGUGUAG